AUGCAACAUAUCAGUCCGUUGUGUCCUUUCUGUCAAAGCUUACCUGAGACUAUUCAGCACUUGUUUAUGGACUGCCAGUUUGCUAAGGAUGUGUGGGCUCUCUCUACUGAUCUCAUGCCCCUUCCCUCGCAGAUUGGUGGUCUGUACAAUUGGCUUAUGUCGCUGAGCACCACGACCAUAAAGUCUGAUUUGGACCCUCUCUCCAAAGCUCUUCUUAUCUGUUGGCAAAUCGGGGGGGCUAAGAAUAAUGUGGUGUUCCAUGACUCUAAGGCCACCCCAGCUAGCUGUAUUCAUGCUGCUGCCUGUGUUGGUUUGGACUUUUGGAGGCUUAACUCGAUGACCAGAUGUGGUUCAGCCGAUUCUAUGAUUAUUAAGUGGCAUCCUCCUCCCAUCGGCUGGAUUAAGGUCAAUUUUGACGGGUCUCUUAUGAAUUCUCAUGCUUCCACAGGUUUUGUCAUUCGGGAUUAUGAGGGGCAUGUCCUCGUUGCGGCCUCUAACAAUAUUGGUGAAAAUUCCAUUAAUGUUGCUGAAUGUCUUGCUCUUCAAGAUGGUCUUGCCGCUGCUCUUGAUAGAGGAUGGGAUCAAAUUGUAAUCGAAGGGGAUUCUAAGCUCGUCGUUGACAGUAUCCUGGGUAAAGCUGACCCCCCCUUGGUGUAUCCAACAGAUUAUUCAAGAUAUUUGGGCCCUGUCCUCUUCUGCUACAAGCAUCUAGUUUCAACACGUUUUUAG